AUGGAGACCGAAGCGUUGAGAAAGCGGUUGAACUCGGCCUUGGAGUCCGAAGCUUGGAACAUCCGCAAUGACUACAAGUCGAUUUCGGUACUUGUCCUUUACUGGCAAAAAGGCGACAUGCCAGGUUUUAAAGAGGAGGCUCAUGAGAUUGGUGAACUCUUUGCGACCGAUUUCCACUAUGACGUGGAGUAUUUUGAAAUACCCUCUGAUCGCAGCCACAUGAAGCUUGAUAUGAAGAUCAACUCAUUCUUAGACGCCCAUGGAGAUCCUGACCACCUGAUGAUUAUUCAUUAUGGAGGCCACGGUGACCCCAACGACGAGAACUCGCAGAAAAAGUUAGCUGUGUGGGCAGCUCAGUCAACGGGUGGUCCAACUGUUGACUGGUCUGACAUUCACCCCAAGCUUGGGCACGUGGAAGCUGAGAUACUACUCUUACUCGAUUGUUGUUUUGCGGCCCAAGCGGCCAGGGCCAAUCAAAAUAGUGCCCUUCCUGCAAAUGUCGAGGUCGUAGCAGCUUGUGCUAUGGGCGUCAAAACGAGAUCACCCGGUCCUCACUCUUUCACCGCCCUUUUAAUCAAGCAGCUAAGAGCCUCAUUGGAAGCCGCGGGCUCCGCUAAGAUUGCCGACGUUGUCAACUCUCUUGCGUCUCGCGACAGUGAAUACAGAGAAACUCCAGUACAUUUCUCAGGGCUGGGGGUUGGAAGAUCCACAGUCUGUCUCGAGCCCUUCGACGCUAGUCCAACCACUGAGGCAGAUGCGAAAAAAGAGGCAGCGUGGCUGACUCUCAGAGUAUCUUUGCGCGAUGUGCUGUCCGACGCUCUCGUUUCGGAUAUCAUUCGGUGGCUCAAGGCUCGCCCAACUCGAAAGGUGUCCAGACUGACCAUAGAAACUGUCGUACAGUCCGCCAACAACGUUGGCCACUUCAUCCAUGGUGAGGGAAGAGCCAGGACAUCAGGACCCAAAUUUGACCAACUACCAGCGUCCGCAAAGCAUGACGUACUGACCGCUUGGAACGAAUUCAGGUCUCUCCUUGCGGCCCUUGCUACGCAGCUAAGGUCCCGAGAUUUGUUUGAGGGCGGAGAUGCAGAAGGUCAAAAAUCCGGAUCAGAUCACUUGGAUGGUGUACUACGCGGCCCUCUGGCCACUCUCUUGGAGUUGGAAAAAGGCCUUCUGUCAUUGCAAAGCAUUGUGCAACGAAGCGUCAUGGCAUUGCCCGAUCUAUAUGAAAAGAGGGAAUCAUUACUCAAGGCCAUCGACGAUACCGCCAUGCAGGAUAUGGGAUUUGUGCCUUUGCUGCACCGGCGGUUAAAGGCUUGCUUCCCUUCUGAUUCGGAAGAUUUGAUGAAGACGGACCACAUCACAAAAGCAGCGCCGACUGAACUGAAGGUCUUUCGAAGCCUUGUAAAAGAGGAACUUCAGGAUCUUGGCACCGUCCUUGUCGAGUACAAAAGCUAUGACAGGCAUACAGUUCUAGCUGAUGGUACGAAGAGAUUGGAGUACUACAUUCAAACCCUCGCUGAUCUUCUUGGAACACGAGGACCUCCAGACUUUCACACUUUGCGAUGUACUGGUUGGUUUCACGAAGAGGAAGCCUCAAGGCUGGGCUUAAUAUUCGAGUACCCAGUGGAAUACGACGGUUUCAAGUCCUUGCGGGAACUUAUUCAGAUGCCUUCAACAAGUCAGAGACCCUCGUUAGCACAACGUUUUUCGAUAGUCAAGAACGUCGGCGAGGCGCUGCUGAAAUGGCAUAUAUCAGCAAAUUGGGUGCAUCAAGGAAUUGCAAGCCACAAUAUCUAUUUCUUCAAGCCGAAAAAUUCUGCAAGCUUCGACUUUUCCAAUCCAUACUUGUGCGGCUUUGAGUUUUCAAGACCCAGUGGCGGGAUUUCCCUCAGCAUUCCCGUUAAAGACUUUGAGCAGAAUGUAUAUCGCCACCCAAGCCGCCAAGGAGCACCCAGCCAGUAUCAUACCAAGCGACACGACCUGUACUCUUACGGUAUCUUAUUAUUCGAGGUCGGUGUGUGGAGCUUGGUCAGCAGUCGUUUUGGUGCAAACCUGACGAAGGAUUUAGGCCCACGGAAAAGGCGAGACCAGAUCGAGUUGAACGCGCGCGAGCGACUAGGUCAUUACAUGGGAGCAGCCUACGAGAGAGCUACAAGCAGGUGUUUGAGCAUGGAAUUUGGAGUCGAGCUUGAUGAUCGCGUUGGGACCAAGCUUGCGAAGGCAUUCGAAGAUCUGAUCCUGAAGGAAAUCGAGCCUGGCACGAGACUAGACUGA